AAAAAAGUUAUCAGACUCCCAAUAUGCAUUUACUAUCAAAACCAGAGGACAAUAUAACACCUAUAGCUCCUAUAGUCUGCGUUAGAAGUCCUGAUAAAAUCGAGAGGCAAAUAAAUUCAAACAUGUGCGAUAAAUACGAGUGCGAGUUACUCCGCAUCGAUAUGGGACUCAUGAGAGCCGAUUACCACAACUGGGAGGCGAUUUUCAAGGAGUCCCAGUUGAGACUUAAGCACGAGAUCAUUAUGUAUGAAAAAGCCCUGGAGGUAGUUUUAAAAUUGAUGGAGGACAGCAGGGUCGAGGCGGAUGUAAGUAAUAACGAAAAGGGAAUCUAUGUGACAAUCUCCUACAAGCCCACCGACUACGUUUAUAUAAGAGUGAGUAAUGAGGAGGAUCUUCGGUGCUUCACCCUGGUGAAGGCCUUGGACUGGAUUCACCAGAAAAUAAUUGAUCUCAAGAUAUCUUCGAGAAAAAUCGAAAAUGAUCAACAGUUUGUAAAUAAUCAAAAGGAGAAAAUCAACUCAAUAGAAAAGUGUUUAAUGAAAAAGGAACACUUUCUGGCUCAAAGAAAGAUAGCUGUUGAAAAACUAAACCAAAUGAAGGCUUCUUUUUCAGAGACACCUGAUCCGUUUCUUGAAACCACGAAGGACUUUGAAACAGAAUUCCAGGAGUUUAUGGCAGAAGUGGAAAAGGACAACGCCUUAUUGAGCCACAUGACCGAUGAUAUUUUGAAACUGUUAAAUAAACUCUCAAAUGAUCGGUCUGCAAAUUUGACAGAUUCUAUUGUUGAUCGUGUACGAAAAGAAAUCAACGAGCUUCUGACGAAAUUAGGAGAAGAGAAGACCCAAAAUAAGACAACUGAUUCAGGUGAAACCAUGAUUAAUAUUAACUUCACUCAAAACUGUUCAGUUCAUAUGGAUUCAACAAAAAAUGAUUCUAAGAAAAAUUAUUUAACUAAAAAUGUCUGUCAAAAGGAAGUAGACCACUCGAUUGAAAAAAUAUCUAUCGAAAUAAAUUCAACCGAAAAAGAUUCUAAAAUUGGUUUAAAAAACAGGGAAGACAAGUCUGAGACUGAAGUUAAAAAAAAUCAAACAUCGAUUAAAAUCACCACCACCCAAACAAAUUUAAACAAAAUUAAUUGGGGUGAUAAUUUAACAAUAUUAACAGAUAAAUCAGCGACUAACCGGGAUCAAAAGUUUUUACCACAAUAUAUAAACCCCAACGAUAGAACUACAGAAGAGGACAAGCAACCAUUUGAAGAUCAUGAGAUACACAAGUUUGUGGAUGAUUCUACACUACGUAUGACAGACCUUCUGAGUCUACGCUCUCUUGACUGCAACGAAGAUGAUUUUUGUGAAGAAGAUUCGGUAGCAUCCAAUGCGAGUGAAAAUGGUUCAAAUAAAAUCGAAUUCACUCACUUUGCUACUGCUACUCAGAAAGAAGUGCAAGUUCCGAAUUUACAAAAAAAGGUUAUGGAAAAUUAUACAGGUAUUGACCGGUGUCGCGAGGAUACAAAUAACAAGAUUGUUUGUGAGACUCCGAAUAGUGCUCAUCAAGAGAUAGUAAAUACCUCCCCACAAGAGAUGACAGACCUUCUAGCCGAUCCUAUUUUUGACUGUACCAAAAGAGAUGGACAUUUUACUGAAUGCAAUAAGAAAGUUAGUACCAGUGACUUAAGUUUAAAUAUGGAUUUAAGUCCAGAUAAACUUAGUAAAUAUGUAGAUGAUUAUUUGGCACAGAUGACUUUACUUCUGCCCGACCGAAAACUACCAUCUGACGCAGAAUCUGAAGAUUGUUUUCAAGUAAACGAAGAGGGAGCGGAUGAUGAUAUAACUCUAACUAAUAGCCGCAAGAACAACGAUAAUGAAGCGUUUGAUAUUUGUUUAUUGACAGAAAAACAAAACUUUAGUGAUACCGAGUCGAAUUAAAAAAUGUUAUACAGUUUUAUUAUUAAAAUCGCAGGAAAUGUUAAAGCAUUUUCAUGGUUAUAAAUUCAUGAAAGACAUGUUUUAAUAAGUAAACGAAAAGCUUAUCAAACACCCUAA